AUGGCGGGGUUCAAGCGGGGGUACGACGGGAAGAUUGCGGGGCUGUACGAUCUGGAUAAGACCCUGGGCCGCGGUCACUUUGCGGUGGUCAAGCUGGCCAGGCACGUCUUCACAGGCGAGAAGGUGGCCGUGAAGGUUAUUGACAAGACAAAGCUGGACACGCUAGCCACUGGCCACCUCUUCCAAGAAGUGAGGUGCAUGAAACUGGUGCAGCAUCCCAACAUCGUGCGCCUCUACGAAGUGAUCGACACCCAGACCAAACUGUAUCUCAUCCUGGAACUUGGGGACGGAGGAGAUAUGUUCGAUUACAUAAUGAAACACGAGGAGGGCCUGAACGAAGACUUGGCCAAGAAGUACUUUGCUCAGAUAGUUCAUGCUAUAUCUUAUUGCCAUAAACUGCACGUGGUUCACAGGGACUUGAAACCCGAGAAUGUGGUCUUCUUUGAAAAGCAAGGUCUUGUGAAGCUGACGGACUUUGGUUUCAGCAACAAGUUUCAGCCAGGGAAAAAGCUCACCACCAGCUGUGGGUCUCUCGCGUAUUCUGCUCCAGAGAUCCUGCUUGGGGAUGAGUAUGAUGCACCUGCCGUAGAUAUAUGGAGUCUGGGAGUGAUCCUUUUCAUGUUGGUGUGCGGGCAGCCACCCUUUCAAGAGGCCAAUGACAGUGAAACAUUGACAAUGAUCAUGGAUUGUAAAUACACGGUCCCAUCCCAUGUGUCUAAAGAGUGUAAAGACCUGAUCACCCGGAUGCUGCAGAGAGAUCCCAAGAGAAGGGCCUCUUUAGAAGAGAUCGAAAACCAUCCUUGGCUGCAGGGUGUGGACCCUUCGCCAGCCACCAAGUAUAACAUCCCCCUGGUGUCCUACAAGAACCUCUCGGAGGAGGAGCACAACAGCAUCAUUCAGCGCAUGGUGCUCGGGGACAUAGCGGAUCGAGACGCCAUUGUCGAAGCCCUGGAAACCAACAGGUACAACCACAUCACGGCCACGUACUUCCUGCUCGCCGAAAGGAUCCUGAGGGAGAAGCAAGAGAAAGAGAUCCAAACCAGAUCUGCCAGCCCCAGCAAUAUCAAGGCCCAGUUUAGGCAGUCGUGGCCCACCAAGAUCGACGUGCCCCAGGACCUGGAGGACGACCUCACCGCCACGCCUCUGUCCCACGCGACCGUCCCUCCGGCUCCCGCGCGGGCUGCCGACAGCGUCCUCAACGGCCACAGGAGCAAAGGCCUGUGCGACGCGGCCAAGAAGGACGACCUCCCCGAGCUGGCCGGCCCCGCGCUGUCCGCGGCGGCGCCGCCGGCGAGCCUGAAGCCCGCGGCCAGCGGGCGCAAGUGUCUGUUCCGGGUGGAGGAGGACGAAGAGGAGGACGAGGAGGACAAGAAGCCCAUGUCCCUGUCCACACAGGUGGUCCUGCGCCGCAAGCCCUCGGUCACCAACCGGCUGACCUCGAGGAAGAGCGCCCCGGUGCUGAACCAGAUCUUCGAGGAGGGGGAGUCGGACGACGAGUUCGACAUGGACGAGAACCUGCCGCCCAAGCUGAGCCGGCUGAAGAUGAACAUCGCGUCCCCGGGGACGGUGCACAAGCGCUACCACCGCCGGAAAAGCCAGGGCCGCGGCUCCAGCUGCAGCAGCUCCGAGACCAGCGACGACGACUCGGAGAGCCGCCGGCGGCUCGACAAGGACAGCGGCUUCACCUACUCCUGGCACCGCCGGGACAGCAGCGAGGGGCCGCCGGGCAGCGAGGGCGACGGCGGCGGCCAGAGCAAGCCCGGCAACAGCGGCGGCGGGGCGGACGAGGCCAGCCCCAGCGAGAACAGCGCGGGCGGGGGCAGCCCGUCGGGCGGCUCGGGCGGCACCCCGGGGGGCACGUCGGGCAGCACCCGCCGCUGCGCCGGCCCCGCCAACUCCACGCAGCUGGCGUCGCGCGGCGCCGGGGAGCUGGUGCAGAGCCUCAAACUCAUGGGCCUCUGCCUGGGCUCCCAGCUGCACGGGGGCACCAGGUACAUUCUGGACCCGCAGCACGGCCUGUCCUUCUCCAGCGUCAGGGUCCAGGAGAAGUCCACGUGGAAGAUGUGCAUUGGCUCCGCGGGGAGCCCGGGCCAGGCGCCCGUGGCGGGCGGCCUCAAGUUCUUCUCCGACCACGUGGCGGACAGCGCCGCCGCUGAGCUAGAGCGGAUCCAGAGCAAGAACCUGAAAAACAACGUGCUCCAGCUACCUCUGUGCGAAAAGACCAUCUCUGUGAACAUCCAGCGGAACCCCAAGGAGGGGCUGCUGUGCGCCUCCAGCCCGGCCACCUGCUGCCAUGUCAUCUGA